AUGAUCGGUCUCGUGGCUGCACGCGGCCGGGCGAGCGACUUGUUGACUCUCGUAAAGCUAUUGCUCAGCAUACCGUUCCAAAGGGUGGAAGGCGUUGAAAAGUUGGACGACAAGAGCAAAUACAAAGGUCUUCCAGGAGCGACAGAGUUGAGGGAAGAGCAUGCAGUGGCAGAAUGCAGCGCGAAACGGCGCCCAACGUCACGGGUGAAGGCACGAACGUCCCGCCAAGGACUUCCGGUGGAUGACGACGACGAUGUCGACGAAGGAGAGCACGAAUCGAUGCUGAUUGUGAAUCCCGCCGUCUCUGUUGCGGUCGGUCCGGCCGAGCCUAUGCUAGGCGGGAUUGAAAAGGGCGAUUCAUGGAAGAUAAAGAACGUAUCUCGAGCUUAUCCUACAAAAGAAAGCGAUAUCGGCGGCACGAAAUCACGAGAGUCUCAGCCGAUCAAGGUGUGGAAAAGCCGAGGGGAACGAAUCAAAACCACACUUCACGUCGACGAACAACCGUGGGCAAAGGUCGAACACGUUAGCAACCAAGACAGCGUCCUCGAGUCACCUUCGGCCGCUACCAGGUUGGUCGAGGAUGAAACAGACGGCAUACAAGCCGAUUGCAUCCUGCCUUUUCUUCGUCAACUCCACGCGGCGACGCCGAGCGGAGGUUCGUGCUUGAGAGCGUGUAGCUCAUUUCACGAGCGAGAGGUGUGGACGUGUGGCCAAAACUCGUAUGGAGAACUUGGGCACAGUGACACGGGGACGCGAAAGACUCACUGCUUGGUGAAACCGUUUGAGGGCAGGGAGGUCGUGGACGUCGCUGCAGGAAAUGAGCACACGGUCCUCCUGUGCAGCACGGGGGAAGUGUACACCGCCGGCUACAAUGACAAUGGCCAGUGCGGGCAAGGCACGACCCAGAGGGUUGGAGUGCUCACACGCGUGCCUAUUGAUGGGGGGAGGAAAGCCGUACAGGUACACGCGUACAACGGUUGUGAGCACACGCUAGUGGUGCUGGAUGACGGCCAGAUGAUGUCGUUCGGAUACAACUAUCGGGGGCAGCUGGGGCAGGGCAACACCUCCAGUGAGCCGGUGCCAAAGCCCGUUCGAGGCCUGAACGGAAUAAGGGUGACGCAAGCCUCCUGUAGUUACUAUCACAGCGUCAUCGCGUGCGACAACGGAGAGGUGUACACCUUUGGCAGAAACGACUUUGGUCAGCUGGGCUCUGGCGACGUUAUCGACCGCAAGUUGCCAUGCCUUGUGGAAUCCUUGCGUGGCCAGAGAAUUACGACCCUCGCAUGCGGUCAGUACCACACGGUAGUCAGCACGUUAGAGAUCGGGGUGCAGUCAUGCGGAAAGAACGACUACGGGCAGCUCGGGCUGGAAUCGACAGAGUCUCAGAGAAAGUUCGUGGCUGUGAAAGGAAAGCUCGAUGGCGCCCAAGUCCGGCAUGUACGCUGCGGGUACUAUCACACGAUCGUUCUCACGGCUGAGGAGCAUGUCUUUGGGUUCGGCCGCAACGACUACGGACAGCUGGGGCUUGGUCACACUACACAAAGAGUAUUCGGGCCAACCAUAAUCGAAGGCGCUCAGGAAAAACACGUCUAUAGAAUUUCGGCCGGGUGUUACCACACCGUCCUUAUCGAUGCCGAUGGUAUGCUCUUCGUUUUUGGUCGCAAUCAUCACGGACAGCUUGGUACCGGAGACACAAACGAGAGGCACUCUCCGUUUCCAGUCAGCACGUUUCUCGGGAAACGCAUAGCCAAGGUUGCGGCUGGGUUCUACCACACUAUUGUGCUCACCGGGGGGGACAAAGAAGGACUGUCGGAUCUGCAUUCCGGGGAAGCUACCAGUAGGUUUUCUCCUUACAAGAUUCUCAACCACCCGGCCCUAGCUGUGCCACAAGACUCGGGCAACGACAACGAAAAUGCUGGGGCGGAGGGCAAGGAUGGAGACAGCCUUGUGGGAGAAGCCGCCUCACCUGAAAUGAGCAAUCCUGUGUGCACCGACCUAGAUGGUACGGAUGUUACGGAAGAGUCAACAGAGGCGGGGAUCGGCGUCAAGUCACAUACAGAUCCUACUCUUGGAGGUGGGGUUUGCCGCCGAGAUGGAAAAGUUAGCGGACGGAAAGCCGCCGUGGUCAUCAUGGCGCAUAUGGAUCGCCUUGCUGAAAAAUUCGCGUUCUCAAACGGGCGCGUCCCAACCAUCGGCCACGCUGAACCAGGAGAGCACGAUGACAGAACGAGUAUGCCAGGGAAUUGGAAAGCGGCGACAAAUAGGCCUGACGCACAGAAUGGCGCAAAGAAUGACCGCGAUACGUACGUUGUGGAUAUAUCUCCUGACACGUUUGAGCUCUUAGCGGGUAUCCUUGCUUCCUCGAGCGAUGAGGAACGAUUCGACGACCCUGGUGAUGAGGACGUUUUUCAGAAGUAUAUACUUCUCGCCGCACUACGAGUUCUCAAGGCCAACCUUGUCCGACUGAUCCAGAGCAGCAUCAGCAGCCGCAUCGUCGAGAGUAUGCUCGCCAAGCCACCGUCCUUCGAUCUUGACGACACCGCUGAGCUUCAGCUGGGUGGGGAGCUCGGGCAUGACCAGGCCCUGUGCGCGCUUUUGUUCGAUCCGCCGAACGAGGUGCAGGGUAGCCACGCAAGCAACGCUAGUAUCGAUGGCUCGAGUGACGAAGUAGAUCGUUAUGGCAUCGUUCUCUGCGCCCUCCAGCGCCAGCUACUCCUGCUGGUACACUCCGACGCUUCUUGCGGUGAGGAUGCGGGCGGUGCUGGCGUUGAAUCCGUCCAAAGAGAGGCCGCCGCCGUACUCGUUCUCGGGCUAGAGUUGUUCUUUCCUGGCCAGACCGAACAGUUCCGUCUUCUUUCGAGACUAGCAAACGCGGCGGUCAUCGACGAGGAGGAUCGAGAUCUGCUGGUUCGGGGCGGUUCCGACAACGUCGAUCACCCCAUUUCUGGCCCACGCGCUGCCCGACACUACAUGCUCACUCCACUGCUACAGCGACUCUGCAACGACGCGCUUUCAGCAAAAUUAAUUCCGUACGGAACUGAUGUGAAACGGGAGAGGUCAGUGCUUACAACUGCGGACGCAUCGGACUCGACCCAGCAGGGAUAUGUUCUCGCUGCUACCCCCUCGGCACGGCUGCUAGAGAUGCAGGUGACUAUGCUGGUGAACCUGAUUGCACAAGGCAACUCCUGCGAAAGUUCUUCCGGAGAACCGUUUGACUACGGGGAUCAGCAAGGCAGCCCUGUGUCCGUGCUACAGCUCAAUGGCUCUGCCACGAAUCGCACGGAAAGCUUCGAUUUGGAUACCAACACCGCCAGCCAUGCCAUGGGCUCAGACAGUCCGUCGCUGACGCAACGCCUUGUUGUGGAGCUCGUGUUGACGCUUACGAAGCACAUGUUGCACUGGGCAGCUAGCGAUCAAGUGGCCGUCGACCCGACUCAAUGGCAGUCCUACGUGCUAGAAAAUGCGAGCAUCGACGAGUGUGCGACCGGAUCGGUACGACCGGAUAAGGGAGUAGAGACCCCACGCUGGUUCGCUGCACGAGUCAAGGUGUUGUGCGACCACGCUGCAUCCGUUGUCCUGGACGGCGUGGAUCGUAUGCCGCCAUCUUGGCGUUGCCUCAUCAACUACGCACAAAUGAUACUCAAGUACAGCACGACCACCCUCGAGGCCGCGCUCGAGAGAGAAACCCGGCACAACGGCGAAGGGGGGAGGAGCGAAGGAACGACAAUAGGGAUGGCUGAUCGGCUCGAGGAAACCUUGGUCGGACUGCUACUACCCGCGGUGGCGACCGGUCUUCUGCCGUUUGCCCGUGUCCCUGUAUUCGCGCGGCGCCUUCUGGACGCCGUCAAUUCCACCUUGGGUUUGCUCGAUGAGGCGUGUUUCAAGUGCUCCGUUACUCGGGCGGCGGAUGAAAGCUACGUGGCCGCUAGGAACGGGGGCGGGGAAAGCUCAAAGCAGAAACGGAAUCCACAGUCCAGUUUCAUGCGCGGAGAGAAUGGAAAGCUCGGGGGAGGCGGCGGCAUAAGUCGCAACAGUAGCGGCAACGGCAACAGCAAUCUUUCGGGGUCGGAGGCGGGAAUGGGUCUCACCGGAACCCCGCCAACGGCAUGUGACAGCCAAAACCUUCCGUGGUUGCUGUCGUUGGCUAAAACCGUGGCCAUGCUCGCGGGGAGGAUGGCGGCCACGAUCGUGGUCGGCGACUCUGGGGUAUCGCCGUUCUUGGAAAAAUACUACCGCUCACCCGCGUACUCAAGCUGGUUGGCAUCGGACUUGCUCAAAGACGGAUGCGAUCCCUCCUACGAAGGUCUGAUGCUUGCACCGCUGGACGCCACCAGUCGAGAUGGGAGCUCCAGCGAUAGGAUCCCCCCCGCGGUGAACACGCACAACGUUUCUCUGGGUAGUGUCACGGUGCCCACAAGCGAUGUACAGCGUUCGCGAAAAAACGAUGAGUUUUUGGAAGAGGUGGCGAGCGGGAACGGUCAAGGGGGCCGAUUCGCAACGUGGCUCGCCGAGGCGCUAGCACCAUCGAACGCAGCGUAUCGAAUCAUAAAGCGCCAGGCCGAGACGGGACGAGAUGGAAGAGCGCUGGCACGCGUCGAAGGGGCGAUGAUGGCCGCCAUGUUGCGACACGGGGGGCUGGACAGUGAUGCUGUCCUCUUUUCUGCAUGUUUGGAACAUCAAGGGGGGGACGAAGCUGCAAGACGUGGCCGGCGACCUCCGCGUAGACUCGUAUCUCUAUGGAAGAGCACUGCCGAGGUUCGCGCCGGCACAGGGGUGAAACAGGAGCUCGCUACAAGUGAAGCGGGGGGAACGGUCGUGAGCGACAAUGCUUCAGUCGGGCAUCUGUCGGUCCUGCUUGUCCUUGUACUCGACAACCACCAGAGAGCGGUUGCUCGGGCCUCCGGGAUCCGGUCCUUUCGCGAACUGGUGGGAUUGGUGCGGACACGCUCGCUACUUGUGGACUUGCUGCUACCCUUGCCUCCUGCGAUACAAACACCCCGGCUGGUUGACAGGCAUAUCCUGUCCCACCUAUCUGCGGUCAGUGGCCGCGUUACGAUCGGCGUCACAUCAGCCUUUCAACAACUGCUCAGCGAGCUGUUGCGGCUCCUGGAGCUGUCUUGUCGAUCCCGGGUACCGCAAGAAAAUAGAGUGUCCUCGUCGGCGGAUGCCAACGGCGCGGCAACCAACUGGGACGAGCUGGCACGGGCGAGCAAGUGUAAUAACCCCAUGCCACGGUGGUUCGACGCCCACACAGUCCUCGUGUUGCUCGAGGUUUGGGGGCUGACGAUCCACUCAGACGAUUGGCGGUUUAUUGAGACCGCCGGCAUUGUUCGCGCCAUUUCCUGCGUCGCAUCUGUGCCGUUUGCGGUGGGCGGACAUUGCACUGCCGAGAGCGGCGCGGGCGGGGAAAAAUGUAACGAUCCGGUGAGAGAUGAUGAGGGGCCGUCGCGAACGGGCCGCGCAACACGGCGACAAGAAAAAGCAGCACCCGCCGACCAGAGGUGUCGGCCCUUGGCAACCUGCCGGGAGGCGGCUUGGACGCUGUUCCGGGCACUGGUCAUUCAGUUGCAUGGAUCAACGACGAGUCUCACAGAGAGGGUUCCGUUGCAACUUCACUCUUCAAUCGAAGUCCUGAGGGCAGAGUUAGUCAAGUGCGUCAUGAAAGCAAAGGCCAACAAUUCCAGUGCUGCCAACGGAGACCUGGAGCGCGGGGGUCGCCGGGGAGGUGGAGAAGGCCGCCAUAGCCGGAAUCGGACUCCUUCCCAGGCGAUCCUGGAGUUCGCGCCACCGUUGAUCAGAGGGUUCCCUGAUUCCCCUCCACAUGGCCAAGGAACAGCGGUGGGGAAGGUAUACGGAGCAGGAGCGUCGCACAAGCGCCGAUGUCAGGAGCUGGUUAACGGACCGCGACGUCUCAUGAACAUGGAGGACGGACUCGUGUUUCCGGCGGAGCACGUGCUAAGCAACCCAAGGGGAUCGGACUUCUCCAUUACGUUUUGGUUACUGCUUGCGCAGGAUCGAACGGGACAUCACCGAACGGUUCUGGCAAGGGGACACGGGAGUGAACGCUGGCCAGUUGUACUGCUACGCAACACCGACAACCGUCUCGAGGUGUGCUUUGGCAUCCCCAGCAUGGGCAACCUUUGCGAACGCCUCACGUCUAAGGAGUCGGUGCAGGUCAACAGGUGGGCGCAUGUGGGGCUGAUCAGCGAGCACAACAAGCUUCGACUUUACCUAAAUGGUUCUCUCGACUGCCAGCGUACGAGUACGGGAGCCCUGCGAGCCAAUCGGCACCCUCUGUACGUAGGCAAGGUUCCCGAUGGUGCGAUGCGGCUAGACGGCGUGAGAGGUGGCGUUGAGGGGAGCAUCGCAAACCUCCGGUACUUCACCCGAGCUCUCUCGCCGAUACACGUCCGCAUCAUCUUCGACCCCGGACCACCCGAAGCAGCCAAGGUCGAGGACCGCCACUUGUACCACCUGUGCGCAUGCCUCGUGCCGAUAAGCACGUCCCCCGAAUGCCAACGCCACUUCGAGCACCCUGACUGGCUCUGCCUCUUCCUCCAGGCUUUCACGCACGGCACCGUCAGGGUGCAACAAGCCGUUUGUCGGUUGCUCCAAGAAAUUCUUCCGCGCGUUCCACCGUCGGUCAUGGCCAACGUUGUCUUGGACACCACUGUACAGCGGGGGGCGGCGACGGCGACACUACCGCUGGCUCAAGACCCAACGGUUGGUGGAGGCAAGAACGACACGUCGGUGCAGGAAGGGGGCAUCGAGGAGGCAAGCGAUAUGACGGUAGCGCAGGUUUUACUGCGGCAACAGCUCAUGAGGUUUCUACCCCACACGGUUGCUCCGCUUCUUGCCCAAGGGUGCCAGACGAGGGUGGAGGGCGUCGUUGAAAAUGGAGUGGGAGAAAACAGCAGUCACAAGCACGCCGUUGAUGCGAAUGUUUCAGCCCAUCAUGUUCCUCGUCCACUCAGCGCGGAAAUGGUUCGCGACGUCAACACCCUCGGAGCUGAGCUGGUGGCGCUGGUGCAAGUACUGGCGGCAACAAAACAAUGGGCUAAGGCAGUGCCAUCGGCUUUGAGGCAGUGUCUAGCCCGUCUAGCGACCUUUGUCGAUGCCACCGGUGGAAUUGAGUCUCAACCUCUGGCCAGUGACCAUAGCAUCGAUACCGAGUACGUGGCUGCAGACGAGCGGCUUACCAUCGCCGGAGGAGAGGCCGCACUGCGCGUGCUUGGCGGGACGGUCGACUUCAUGUGUGCAGGUGCUCGCGCCAAGAUCCGCGAAACCGACCGGCCUUGCGUCGUUCUGGGCUUAGAUCAAGCGGCGUCCACGGCGUACGUCAUGCUGUACCCGGAGGAGGGAGAGAAGAAGGCAGUGGAAACAUGGGUCCAGCGGUUCAAUGCUCACGACUUGGAGCGCUGCGGACUUUCUCGGUAA